AUGUCUUUUCCCUCUUCAUUUGACACCUCAAAGAUCGACUGGAACGCCAUCGCAACACAGUUUGUGGUGGCCGAUUUCGUCUUUCACGCAUACCUCAUUCAGAGACAAUACAGGGUAACAUUUAUUGAAAAUGUCCCUAAAGUGGUGGAGAAGGAGGUUGCCUCAGGGCUGUUCAUUAAGUCUCAGAGGUAUGCACGGGACAAACUCAAAUUGGAUUUGGCCCGGAAGAUUAUCACCUUUUUGGAAGAGUUGGCGAUUCUCCACUUUGGUUUGAUGCCGCAGAUUUGGCAUGUGUCAGGCGUUUAUUUGUCACUUAUCAGUGAAAUCCGUUACCUUCACGGAAUUUCAGGCAGUGAGGCAUUACAGAGUGUGUUGUUCAUUGUAAUUAAAAAGACCAUCUCAAGGAUUAUUGAGAUCCCAUUAGAUUACGCCCACACCUUUGUUUUAGAGGAAAGGUGGGAAUUUAACCGGAUGACGAGAUCGAAAUUUUACAGAGAUCUGGCUUUAUCACUUGUUAUUUCAGACCUCAUUUAUGCUUUGGCGGUAUUUGUAUUUGUGAAGAUAGUUGAUUUUUUUGGCGCCAAUUUUCUCAUAUACACAAUUUUUGCUGCCGUCGCUGGAUUUCUAUUAUUCCAGACAAUCCUCCCUAAUGUCAUUUUACCAUUAUUUCACAAAUUCACACCUUUGGAAGACGGCAAGUUGAAGACGGCGAUUGAAGAAUUGGCGAAGCGAAACGGCUUCCCCACUUCGAACAUAUUUGUUAUUGAUGGUUCCACCACAAGCACUCAUGCAAACGCUUUUUUUCUGGGCUUGCCUUGGAACAAGCAGAUCGCGCUUUAUGAUACACUAAUUCAUAAGUUCACCACCAGCGAAAUCAUUGCCGUUUUGGCGCACGAGUUAGGCCAUUGGAAAUUGGGCCAUGUUUUUCAGAUGAAUAUCCAUCUUCAGGUGAUCUUGGCUUUGAAUUUCGCCUUGUUUUCGGCAUUUUUCGAGAGCUCCUCUCUUGCUGGAGCAUUCGGGUUCGCCAAGCCCUCUCCAGCCAUCAACUUUAUUCUUUUUACGUAUCUCACCUGGCCAUUAGACACAUGUACCUCGAUUUCCAGAAAUCUUUUGGUCAGAAGAAAUGAGUAUCAGGCAGAUAACUAUGCGAAGGACCAGGGAUACAAGGACGAGAUUGCUAGCGGUUUAAUUCGUCUUAAUAGUGACAGUUUGGACGCAUUGUACACUGACUGGUUAUAUUCCAUCUGCAACUCGAGCCACCCCACUUUAGUGGAACGGUUGGUUGCAAUUGGUUAUGAACCGCAGAAGAAGGUGAGGAAAGAGUUAAAGGUACUAAAGGAGGAGGAGGAUGCGACGGGGAAUACUGAAGAGUGA